AUGGUGAGUUUUUCUUCUUUAUCUUCCAUGGACUUCAAGAAACUCACAUUUUCAGAUCAGAUUCCGCCAUUUGCAUCAUCUUCAAGAAGAAAGGUAGUUUCAGGGUUUGGUUUAGGCAUCGUGUUAUCAUUUAUUGUUUUGACUAUUAUACUGUUUAGUAUCUCUUUCAAGACUCCAUUUUUGAGCCCAGUUUUUCAGGGUUUUAACAAUUUGGGUUCUCGGAAUAAUAGUGCUUUUCAUUUUUGGCACUUUCCUUCUUCCCCUGGCAUUGAUGUUAAAAAUAGUACCAGUAAUACUACAUUUGCUCAAGAAUUGCAACAUUCUGCGGUUAUCGAUGAAAUUCAUGAAGAAAAUAGUAAUAAAACUAGAAAUUAUGUGAAGUCUGAUGGGAAGGGUGUGGUUUUAGAGAAUGCCAAAGAGGGGAAUGUGUCUGAGAAGUUAAAAAAUGGAGGCUUUCUUGAUGGGGAAGGGAGCAUUCAAGUGGAAAUCAAUGUAAAAAACGGGAGUCUGAUUGAUAAAAAUGCGACCAAUAAUAAUGUUAAUGGGAAAGGAAUGGCAUUGGAAAAAACCUAUGUGGGGAAUUCCUCUGAGAGUGUAAAGAAUGCAAGUAUUCUUGUCAAGGAGAAUAUUGAGGGAAAAAAUGUCAGCGAGAAUUCGCUUGAAAAAUCAGUUGAUUAUAUACACUCUUCGAAAGAGCCAAAAACCGAAGCCCCUUUAGAUGCUAAUGUGGGUAAUCACAUGUAUAAGGGAGAUGAUUUGGGUUCAAGGAAUAAAGCAAAUGAGGGUAAUGAUGCAAAUAACAGUUCUUUUAAGAACUGCAACAUCUUUAAUGGUAGAUGGGUGAGAGAUGAUACAAAGCCAUAUUAUCCUCAAGGUUCCUGCCCGUAUAUUGACAGAGAUUUUGAUUGCCACCUUAAUCAGAGGCCGGAUGAUGGGUAUGUGAAAUGGAGAUGGCAGCCAUAUGGAUGUGAUAUCCCUAGCUUGAACGUAACUGAUUUCUUAGAGAGGCUCAGAGGGCAAAAACUAGUCUUUGUGGGAGAUUCAUUGAAUAGGAACAUGUGGGAGUCUCUUGUAUGCAUCCUCCGUCAUGGCGUAAAAGACAAAAGACGAGUCUUCGAGAUAUCGGGGAGGAGAGAAUUCAAAAAGAAAGGAUUCUAUGCAUUCAGAUUUGAGGACUAUAACUGUACUGUAGACUUUGUUAGUUCUCCAUUUCUUGUCAGAGAAUCAUCUUUCAAUGGUAAAAAUGGUUCUUUUGGUACCCUAAGAUUGGAUUUGAUGGAUGAGACAACUUCAAUGUAUCAUGAUGCCGAUGUGAUGAUAUUCAAUACCGGACACUGGUGGACUCAUGAAAAAACGUCCAGAGGGGAAGGCUAUUACCAGGAAGGUAAAUAUGUCCACCCAAGACUCAAAGUCUUAGAAGCUUACAAGAGGGCACUUACCACUUGGUCUAGAUGGGUUGAUAAGAACGUUGAUCGAAGCAAAACCCAGGUUAUCUUUAGAGGAUAUUCAGUCACACAUUUCAGGGGCGGGCCAUGGAACUUGGGAGGGCAAUGUCACAAGGAAACUGAACCGAUAUUCAAUCAAACCCAUUUAGCAAAGUACCCUUCGAAAAUGAAAGCCCUGGAGCACGUACUUGAAGGUAUGCAAACUCCCGUGAUAUAUUUGAACAUAAGUAGGCUUACGGACUAUAGAAAGGAUGGCCAUCCUUCAGUUUACAGACCCGACUACCAAACAACACAACAACAAAUAGCCAAUGUGCACGCGCAGGAUUGCAGCCACUGGUGCCUGCCCGGAGUACCAGACACUUGGAACGAGUUGCUGUAUGUAUCUCUUUUAAGGAGUGGAAGAGGAUCUUGGAGAAGUUGA